AUGUCGCAUAUGGCGGGGCGAACAAGUCAGUCUGGUGGCAUCGAAUCGACCUUCUAUAUCGAUAAUGAGAACGGCGUAGAGAUGAGGACCGAGUACAUUCGGAUCCGAUCAUCGCCUUGGGAAAAUGAUAUAAUUUUGCGUUCGCUAUUGUCCUUGAGGAUGGGCUAUCCGUGUCAAGUUUUCCACGCUUCAGAGCUUCCUGAACGUGUCCAGACCAACCUCAACGGCCGCAAGCGCAAGUUGGGCCAAGGAGCCAAGAAUGUCGACCUAAACGGCUGUGAGCUCCUUGAGAUGCUCCAGUACAAGUGCGAGAUCAAAGAACCUGUCAAGUGGGAUAGUCCUGUGCAGUGCUUUGCCGUUGAACGGUUAUUCAGAAACCUUGAUGGCGGAUGGCAAAAUGUUCUGAUGAUUUGUUUCCUUCGUGUAGAUGUCAGGACAAGAAAGGUUCGUUCAUGGUCGAGACAACAGCGUGGGAGGGUAAAGAUUAUCCUGUGGAGGGACAACAGAGCGACGAUGGGAAAGACGGCAGAAACAAGGCGCCCCCUCAGCACUACCACUGGUCCUCAAGCUGGCACUCGCCCGACACAGCAAGAUAAGGACUAG